AUGGGGCCAGCUCCAGGAGCCUACAAUAUACCAUCUAUAUUUGAUAAGAAAAGGAAAUCAAAUGCUUCAUUUGCAAAUUCUCCUAGAGAUCAGUCCUAUAACUCCUCUUAUUAUAUCAAACCAGAGAUUUUGAAGAAUCCAGGGCCAGGAACGUAUUUCGAAAGCGUCGCCCCCAAGCAAGACACAGCUGCAUAUCCAGAUCAACCUGCCUACUCCUUCAGACAAAGAACUUAGUUUUUGGAUUUUUUCAAUUAAACAGGCAUGGUCAGAAAUUUUAUCCCUGGUCCAGGCACCUAUACUCCCAGAGACACUAUUGCAGAAACAGGUAAUUAUGCAAACUCAAAAUAUAAAAAUGAAGGAAAUGUCAAGAUGAUUGCUACUCAAAUUCAAAGAUUUCCCAUUAUUAAGAAUUCAGAUCAACCCUCACCCCAAGAGUACAACGUUGAAUAGACAACUAGAAUCAACUUCAAUGGAGUGUACUUGAAUUCUAAGUUUAAAAAUUCUGGAGCAGCUAAGUUUAGUGGAUCCCCAUUUGUCAAGGCAUGA